GAGGGUGCAGCGUAAUUCACAAAAAUGCCCAUCCAUAUAAAGCUCUCGGAUCUAACUGGUCCUCUUCGUUCGUCAGAGCCAUUCAGUCGCUCCAACCAUAUCGAAGAAACCCUAAGUUAGCCGUCGCUACUAUAGCUGAAAUGGCUCCAAAGAGAGGAGGUAAGGCGCCGGUCGCGGGGAAAAAGAAGACGGAGAAGGUUGUGAAUCCACUGUUUGAGAAGAGGCCGAAGCAGUUCGGCAUCGGAGGGGCUCUGCCUCCGAAGAGGGAUCUCCAUCGCUUCGUCAAAUGGCCUAAGGUUGUGAGAAUUCAGAGGCAGAGGAGGAUCCUUAAGCAGCGUUUGAAGGUCCCCCCAGCAGUUAACCAGUUCACCAGGACCUUGGACAAGAAUCUUGGUAACAGUUUGUCCUGCUUUUUUUCAUAAAAUUGAUGCUGGAAU